AUGUCGUUCGUGGAUAGAACCUACUGGCUGAGCGCAGGCAAUCUGACUAGUGGACUUAUGGGCUGGGGACUCGGUGCCACCACCGCCAUCUUCGAGGGCGCGGAUCCGUCCCAAGACGGCGGAAAAAAGCCUAUCUUCGUCAAACCAUGGCUGGAGACCGCCUAUGACCAAGGCUUGGUGGCAAAGCCCAUCUUCUCGGUCGUACUCGGUAAGAGGGGCAAAGACGAUGCGGACUUGUCAGCUACAGGUUUCCUUACGAUAGGAGGAGCGCCAUCGUCAUCGUCGUUGCCGCUCACGGGUGCCUACGCUAACACGCCAAUCCUCAAAGAGACGUUUGAUCACUACCAACUGGAGAACGAGUAUGUCCACUAUGUCAUCCGACCGGACGGAUUUGUGGUCAACGGAAAGUUCAUCGCCUGGGCCCCAGGCACCUCCGCGGGCACUCAUUACGGAGACAGUCAAGAAAGAUUCACGAUCCUGGACACCGGUACGGCUUACACCAUGGCCCCGAAGGCCCUUGUAUCCACAAUCGCCGCAGCCUUCGACCCCCCAGCUUCCUUCAGUCAGGAUGACGGGCUUUGGGUGGCUUCGUGCAAUGCGAAGAUACCUUCUGUCGCCAUUCGCGUCAACGGAACGGACCUUCCUUACGCCUCAUCAGACGUUCUCGUCGACGGAACCCUUGGCGUGAUCGACGAGGAGAAGCAGACAUGCAUAGUGGGUUUCAUGGAACCAUCUACUCCGCCCUGGGGUGGCGACCUGCCGUAUAUCCUCGGAGCCAACUUCCACAGGAAUGUGCUAGCUGUACACGAUAUUGGAAACAAGGUAAUGACGUUUGGUGCGCUGAAGUGGAACUGA